GACGUGUGGUUGCUAAAAGAAGUGUUAGGAGUUUUGCAAUCUGCCUCAACAGGGGUGGGGGCUGAGUAAAAGGAGGAGGAGCCAGGAGACACUGGGAAAGGACGCCAGAGUUCCGGACACCCAUCUUUCUGACCGCUGCGCCGCAUGGGUGGGGUCUAAAAGCGCCGCCACGCCCCAACGGGGAGGUAUAUGUAAAUAUGUUUAUGAGGAACCAUCGAGACAUUUGGAUGACCUGCUAGGCUAGAGGGUCCAAGCGCUUCGCUUGCUAUCGCGUUUCCGUUUCCGCUAAGGCAUUGCCGGUUGGUGAGCAUCAUGGCAACCGUGGCCGCCACAACCAAAGUCCCAGAGAUCCGUGAUGUCACCAGGAUUGAGCGCAUCGGUGCCCACUCCCACAUCCGGGGACUCGGGCUGGAUGAUGCCUUGGAACCUCGCCAGGCUUCGCAGGGAAUGGUGGGUCAGCUGGCGGCCCGCCGAGCAGCUGGCGUGAUACUAGAGAUGAUCCGAGAGGGGAAGAUUGCUGGACGGGCAGUCCUCAUUGCAGGCCAGCCGGGCACCGGGAAGACCGCCAUCGCCAUGGGCAUGGCGCAGGCCCUGGGCCCUGACACACCAUUCACGGCCAUCGCUGGCAGCGAGAUCUUUUCCCUGGAGAUGAGCAAGACUGAGGCGCUGACACAGGCCUUCCGCCGCUCCAUCGGUGUCCGCAUCAAAGAGGAGACAGAGAUCAUUGAAGGGGAGGUGGUGGAGAUCCAGAUCGACCGGCCAGCGACAGGGACGGGCUCCAAGGUGGGCAAGCUGACCCUCAAGACUACAGAAAUGGAGACCAUUUAUGACCUGGGCACCAAGAUGAUCGAGUCACUGACCAAGGACAAGGUCCAGGCUGGGGAUGUGAUUACCAUUGACAAGGCCACAGGCAAGAUCUCCAAGCUGGGCCGCUCCUUCACACGCGCCCGAGACUAUGACGCCAUGGGCUCCCAGACCAAGUUUGUGCAGUGCCCGGAUGGGGAGCUGCAGAAGCGCAAGGAGGUGGUACACACUGUGUCCCUGCACGAGAUUGACGUCAUCAAUUCCCGCACCCAGGGCUUCCUGGCGCUUUUCUCAGGUGACACAGGGGAGAUCAAGUCAGAGGUCCGGGAGCAGAUCAACGCCAAGGUGGCAGAGUGGCGCGAGGAGGGCAAGGCGGAGAUCAUUCCGGGGGUGCUUUUCAUCGAUGAAGUCCACAUGCUAGACAUCGAAAGCUUCUCCUUCCUCAACCGAGCCCUAGAGAGUGACAUGGCACCUGUGCUCAUCAUGGCCACCAACCGGGGCAUCACGAGGAUCCGGGGCACCAGCUACCAGAGCCCACACGGCAUCCCUAUCGACCUACUGGACCGGCUGCUCAUCGUCUCCACCUCGCCCUACAGUGAGAAGGAUACCAAGCAGAUUCUGCGCAUCCGUUGUGAGGAGGAGGACGUGGAGAUGAGCGAGGAUGCUUACACCGUGCUCACCCGCAUCGGGCUGGAGACGUCCCUGCGCUACGCCAUCCAGCUCAUCACAGCAGCCAGCCUUGUGUGCCGGAAACGCAAGGGCACAGAGGUACAGGUAGAUGACAUCAAGCGGGUCUAUUCGCUCUUCCUGGACGAGUCCCGGUCCACACAGUACAUGAAGGAGUACCAGGAUGCAUUCCUCUUCAAUGAGCUCAGUGAAACCAUGGACACCUCUUGAGCCUGAAGUCACCACUACCCCACCCUGUUUUCUACCCAAGUUCAAACACUGUGAAUUUGUAGAAAAUGCUUUUCAGCUGGAAA